CUUCCCCUCGCUCCUUCAUUUGUCAAAAAGAACCCUAGAUGGAAAGAAAACUUUACUAAGGAAACGAUGGGACAGCAUGGGUAAAAACCAGAACGAUGCAGCUGUAUGACGUUUCUCUCUCUCUAUCUCGUGCGUAUAUUGAGCCGCCCAACUCUCCGAGAGGAAGAUUUGUCUCUCCCCAUCUCUCUCUCUCUCUGACGAGCGAGCAGGAGAAAGCAUGUAACUGGAAUCCCAUCGUCGUUCUCUCUUUUGUUUUGUGGUGAUGAACGCGGAAUAGCCUCGUAGCCGUUUCCUCGUUGCUCCCUUUUUUCUCCCUCUAUUUCUUCCGCUGCUCCGACUAAUUCCCCCCAACUCUUCCUCAUCCCCCGGUAUUUUCUUGUCCUUCUUCCUCUGUAUUUGAAAUUGGUUUUUUAAUCCUUGCCAAUUUUGUUAUCAUUGGGAAGUGCGCCUUUCACGAGUGUUUCCGACGACAGAGCCUCAGUGAUCAGACUCCCCGAUCUGUGAGAGACAGCGCGAUAGAGAGACUCCAUGGAAGUCUUGGAGCCAUCGUCUCCCCUGUGAGGUGGGCUGGAUAAAAUAAAAAGGGUUCCAAGAGGAGUAGUCUCAGAAAAGGAGGCUAUAACGAGGAGAAAAGAAAUGAAGAGGGAGUAUCCCCAAAAUCAGAUUCGUCCUCAUCACCAGCAACAGCCCCAAGGCGGAGGAGGAGCUGCUGCUGGUAGUGGAGGAAGCGGAGGAGGAGCAGGAGCAGGAGUUGGGUACUCGGCCAUGGCCUCUAGCGGGAAGGGCAAAAUGCAGGAAGUCGACACCGGGGUGGACGAGCUGCUAGCGGCACUGGGAUACAACGUCCGGACGUCGGACAUGGCGGAGGUGGCCCAAAAGCUGGAACAAUUGGAGAUGGUGAUGGGGAACGCUCAGGAGGAUGGCAUCUUCCAUCUCUCCUCCGAGACCAUCCACUACAACCCCUCCGAUAUCGCAACGUGGAUUGAUACUAUGCUCACCGAGCUCAACCCUGUUUGCCCCAAUUUGGGGGCUGCCGAUACCAAUUUCUCCACAUCCACCACCACCACCACCACACAUCCGGUUUGGGACUCCGACCAUCGUGUCAACCUCCAGCCCGCGGAGUCCUCCACCUCCGCCAGCAUCAAAGAAACCACCCUUCCUCCGCCGCAGCCGCCGCCGCCGCCUCCUCAAGAUUUCGAUGAUGAUGGCUCUUCAGGCAUAGAGGAUGUCGUGUACGGUCGCGAGGGCUCCAGAGAGAAAAAGCGUCUCAAAUCAUGUCAGGUUUCGGCGUCGGCGGCGCCAGCACCGGAACCGCGGCCGGUUGUAGUUGUGGAUUCGCAAGAGACGGGCAUCCGGCUGGUUCACACCCUGAUGGCCUGCGCGGAGGCGGUGCAGCAGGACAACCUCAAGCUGGCGGAUGCCCUGGUGAAGCAGAUAAGCGUCCUGGCUACUUCCCAGGCCGGCGCUAUGAGGAAGGUUGCCAACUUCUUUGCAGAGGCUCUGGCUCGCCGGAUCUACCGCCUCUACCCGCAAGAUCAUCCCUCCGACUCUAUAGGCGACCUUCUCCAGAUGCACUUCUACGAGGCCUGUCCUUACCUCAAGUUCGCCCAUUUCACCGCCAAUCAGGCUAUCCUGGAGGCCUUCUCCGGCUGCUCCCGCGUCCAUGUGAUCGACUUCGGCAUGAAACAAGGGAUGCAGUGGCCGGCACUCAUGCAGGCGCUUGCUCUUCGUCCCGGUGGCCCUCCCGCCUUCCGCCUCACGGGUAUCGGGCCACCCCAGCCAGACAACUCGGACCCCUUGCAGGAGGUCGGCUGGAAGCUCGCACAGCUCGCGGAGACGAUCAACGUCGAGUUCGAAUACCGCGGCUUAGUGGCCAACAGCCUGGCGGACAUCGAGGCUUACAUGCUUGAACUCCGCCCUUCCGACGUCGAAGCGGUGGCGGUCAACUCUAUCUUCGAGCUGCAUCGGCUGCUGGGUCAGCCUGGAGCCAUCGACAGGGUUUUCAAGCUAGUGCGCGACGUCCGGCCGAAGAUCGUGACGGUGGUCGAGCCGGAGGCGAACCACAACAGCCCCAUCUUCCUGGACCGCUUCACGGAGGCGCUUCACUACUAUUCGUCGCUCUUCGACUCGCUGGAGGGCUGCGGCGGAGGGACGUCCCCUGCCGCUGCGCAGGACCAGCUCAUGUCCGAGGUCUACUUGGGGCGGCAGAUCUGCAACAUCGUGGCGUGCGAGGGAUCGGAGCGGGUGGAGCGCCACGAGACGCUCAUCCAGUGGAGGGCGCGCAUGGCGGCUGCAGGCUUUGCCCCUGUCCACCUGGGCUCAAACGCCUUCAAGCAAGCCAGCAUGUUGCUGGCGCUCUUCGCCGGCGCCGACGGCUACAGGGUCGAGGAGAACAACGGCUGCCUCAUGCUCGGCUGGCACACUCGACCCCUCAUUGCCACCUCCGCCUGGCACCUCCUCCCCUCCGCACCACCCGCAUCCCAGCAGUGAGUCAGUGACCACCGAUCAUCUCUCCCUCUCCCUCUCUCUCUGAGAAUCGAUCUGAGUUACGCUGUCAGUGGGCAAUCUUGUUUUUUUUUUUUUUUUUUCUCCUUUCUUCAUGGCUCUUUUUCCCCUUCUUUUUGAGGACUACUUGUUUAUCUGCCGUCCCUUUUUUGCUCUUCGGAGUUCCAAAUGUGUAUUCAAUAAGAAAUAUGGGAAAUAUUUUUGUACCAAAUACAUGGUUUUUGCCUUUUC